GUACUACAUACAUACACACACACAUAUAUAUAUCUAUAUAUGCGUAUAGAUGGCGAAGUCAAGCGGGCAUAAGGGCUAUGGCCAAAGAGUUGUCGGUGGUCCCCAGGGCCCGAAAGCACUCUUAGACGCAGUUCGCGAAGCAGUUGUCAGUGGGUCUAUCGAUACUAUUAAACCCUUGACAAAUAGCUUUUUGUCUAUCCCGGAAAAUGUAUCGAAAUGUGUCGAUGAGAGUGGCAACUCUAUAGCUCAUCUAGCCAUUGGUAAGGAUCCUACGAUGCUUAAGUACGUUCUUGAGACUCUCAAAGCGAAUGUCAAUGCAGUCAAUUUACAGGGUCGCACCCCUCUCCACGAAACUGUCACUCAUAACUACGUUGAAUGUUGUAAGAUACUAUUAGAUCAUGGCGCAGAUGAUUCACUUCAAUCUAGCACGUUAUCGACCCCAUUUCACACUGCUGCGUCGUGCGGAAGUGUCGAGUGCAUGGAAAUCCUCUUACAACACAGUGAGAAUCCUGUUGCAAAAGUUAAUGAAUUGGACAAAAACAAGAGCUCCGCACUACAUAAGUGUGCCUUCGGUGGUGAUGUACAGGUAUCUCGCUGGUUAGUCGAGCACGGCGCGAAGGUGGAUGAGGUCGAUUGCAUGGGCCUCACGCCUCUACUUGUGGCAGUCAAGAUGGGCCAAAAGGAGGUGGCCGAGUACCUGCUUUCUCAGAAGGCUAAUUGCAAUAAGCAGGACAUCAAGGGCAACUCCUGCAUCCACUUUUGCGUUGUUCGAUGCGACCUUGCUAUCUUGAACAUGCUCUUGCGCGUUGGUGCCAACCCGAAUGUCAUUAAUGCAGACGGAUGCAACCCUCUCCACAUUGCGACGAUUCAUCAACGCCCGGAUUCUCAAGAGUGGGAAGAGCUCGUGGCGACCCUACUUUUGGCUGGAUGCAACCCCCAGCACGAGAACGUGUCUUGUAAGAAGCCAUCUGACUAUCUGGGGCGUGGGCUUAAGAAGCUGUUUGUCAAGGAAGAGGUGCAGCGUCGUCGUGAAUUGGAGCUAAAGGCGCAGAAGGAAUUAGAGCAGAAUAUAGAGAAGUCUAUUGCUAUGCGGGCAAUGUUGUCUGCCAAAAUGCACGAAAGUAUAGCGAAGCGUGAGGAACUGGAGCGGAUGGAAGAUGAACGUAUGACUAAAGAGGCUGAUGAUUUGCAGGCAGCGGAGACGGAUAUAAGAGCGAUCAUGGAGGAGCUAACUGAGAAGCUUCGUUAUCAGGAGGCCGAAAUUAUUAAGAAGAAGGCCCUUCUUGAAAAGGCCUCCACAAAGGCAAAGUGA